AUGUCUCCACCGAAGCAAUCAAGCCUGCCCACCGAGGACAUCAUACCGGGACAAUUUGGCCCCCAUCCUCCGUCCAUGAUUAAGAAGGAUGACUUAAUCGGUGUUCGCUUCCUCUGCGGCCUUCCUUCCGAGACCAAAAUCUUAGCUCCGACCAGAGAGCAAUCGCCGGAAGAUCCCCCUGAGGGAUACUGCUGUGCCUAUGAGAUUAUGUUCUCCAACUGCGGCCUCUACUUCCCGCUACCGGAGCUCCUGGUAAAGGCGAUGUACGCCUUGGGUGUGGCACUCCCCCAACUGUGCCCGAACUUCAUCCGUACUGUCCUCAGCCUUCAGACUCUGGCGGAAGAGCACGGAUAUCUCCUGACCUUCCAAGACAUCCUCCAUUUAUAUACAAUUAAGGGGGGCCGAACUAGAGGGACCUUCUACCUCAGUCCGCUCGCCGGGCUCCGGGUGUUGGAAGAUCUACCCGAGAAGGAUGAGGAUUGGCGAAGUGGCUACUUCUUUCCUGUCGACAGCUCCACCUUUUGCGAGCUGACGGACCUAUUCGUCCCGAAGUGGUCCUCGAAAAAUGCCAGCUUAGACCGCGGCUCCCUAUCCCGCACCUUUGCUAAUUGCUUCAUAAGCUUCUGCGGCAGCCAGGUUACGUGGGACUCUUUCACCUCUCACCGAAUCAGGGAGUCCGGAGCCCGUAUCCGUACCGGUUCUCUCAUCACCAGCUCUCCUCAACCCGUACUCCCUCGGAACGUGAACUACCACGAGGAGAGAGCUUACAAAAAGCAGGCGGAGCUUCGAGAGAAGGAGUUGAAGAAACAAAUGGUCACCGCCCUUGCUGAAGGAAAAUCCAAAACUCCAGCUAAGGAGAAAAACUCUGGUUCCACUGCUCCACCUGAAGCCCGGACUCGCAUAUUAGUGGCUGUUGAUACUACGUACCACUUACUUCGCAAUUUGUACUGUUAUUUUUUUCUUUCCCGUGUGACUAACUAUCGGACCGUUUCAGCUCCCCCAAAGUCACUUGCGGACAUGAUGCGCAGCUUUAGCCGCCCUGGAGCCCGAGUUCCUCCCUUUAAGGAGAUGGCCGACCUCAACCGAGAAAACUACUUCCGCUUUGCGGAGAAAGUCGGAGAGACCCUUAUCGAGUUCAACAGUGCUGUGGCGAGCUAUGAACACCAAUUGCUUUCCAACCCUGAUGCCAGCGACAUCAAAGGAAUGCAGUCCCAGAUAUCCGAGCUGGAAAAACGGGUGAAGCGCCUUACCGCCGCCGAGGCAGCGAACCAGCUCGAGGUGGAGAAAGCCAAGAAGUCCAACGCUCGUCUGAAGCUGAUUGAGUCCGAGCUGCGUAUCGCCGAGGCCUCACUGGAAGAUUCUCGCGAUAAGCAGCAGAAAGCCAGAGAGCUAUACCUCCAAGCUGUUGAGGCAGAGGCUCUCGCGAAGAGAGAAGUUGAGGAACUACGACUCCGGAACCACGCAAUGGAGAUCGGGUUCAAUGCUGAGAUAAAGAGAGCUUGCCGCGAAGAGAGGAGAAAAACCCGAGCUCAACUUCGGGAGGCCGCCGAGGGCGUGCAUGCCUUUCUCGAUGACCACAAUCGCUUAGUUCCUGCCACUAUCCGUGCUGCUGAAAUUACAGCCAACCGGAUGCUUGUGGAGGAGAUUGAAUCGGGAGAGAUUGCCGACCUGAAAGCUGAGCUCGAGACUCUCAAAAAGGACGAGCUUGAAGCCCUGCAGACUGCAAAAGAGGACGUCGUGCGUGUGUGGCCUGGCGCAACUGAUGGGAUGCCCGUUCUGCCGGCUAUUGAGGGCACGGAGCCAAACGCUGCCGAGGCGACCGGAGUUGAUGAUCCUCCCCCGAGCUCGGAAGCUGGUGAUCUGAACUAA